AUGGCGCCGCGAGGGAGACAGAAGGUUUCCUCCUCCAAGGGCGACAAUGUCCCUUCAACGACGGCCAAUCCGCCAGAUUGGCCUCCUCUAGCGCCGCUCGUGCCUCAAGAGCACCUGUUCAUCGAGACCGUGGUCCCCAGCCAGAUCUUGGUCAUCCGAAACCUCUUCACUUCCAAUUUGUGCAGAAACUAUGUAUCUUUUCUGUCUUCCUUGCCCUUGACCACCACGCCAGGGAAGCCGAAGCGAGGGGAGGCAACCCGGGUCAAUGAUCGGUUCCAGAUUGAUGACCCAACUUUUGCCAAAAUGCUUUGGGAGCGAAGUGGGAUGCAAUAUCUAGUCAGCUCCUUCGAAGACCAGGCCGUCUUUGGCGGUCCGGUGCUUGGCCUCAAUUCAAACAUAAGAAUAUAUCGGUAUCGACCGGGCCAGUUCUUUGACAAGCAUUAUGACGAGAGCAAUAAAUUACACUUUGGCGAGGAAAAGCUACCUGCCAAAACUACCUGGACACUCCUCAUCUAUCUUACAACAUGCGAAGGCGGUGAGACUGCAUUCUACCCGGAGGCCCUGAAGAAAGGCGAGCGACCCCCAGAACCGAUUGUGGUCGGACUUGAAGCCGGGAUGAGCCUUCUCCACAAGCAUGGUGAUGACUGUCUGCUGCAUGAAGGCAAAGAGGUCAAGAAGGGUGAGAAAUGGGUGCUGAGGAGUGAUCUUGUUGUUCAGAGGUAA